AUGCUUUUUAAGAAGGGUAAGGCCAAGGAGCUUGCAAAAGGCCGGAAGGAUAUCAGCACCGGGACAACCACUAUUGCCGGCUCGCCGACCGUCACUCAGACCGUGACGGCUACACAGACGAGUACCACUCAGGCUACCCCAGUUCCGACCACCACUCCGCCCCCGCCGGCCGACGAGGGUAAUGAAUUUGCCCUGCUGGCCAUCCCUGGCUAUGCCGCUGGGCUCUGCACCAAACCUGAGGACUAUGUGUCGGCGUGCGAGUGCUAUGGCGUGCGGCCCCAGGUGUCGACCAAGCCGCCGGCUCAGGCCGUCAGCACCCACUGGGUUUACAACACUGUCACCACCACCGCCACCCUCACGAUGCCGGGGGUUCCGUGUCGGCGCAAGAGGGAGCUUUGCGCCCCGUUUGCUACUGACACAAUCACGUUGACGGUCUGA